AUGGCAGCGCCCAAGAUCGAGGAGCAAGAAAUCGAAACCUACUGGAAUAUUUUCUCUGCGCGAACGGGAGGCGGCAAGUUCCUGACUGGCGAACAAGCUGCUCCGGUUCUGAAGAACAGUGGAUUGCGAGAUGAUCAACUAGAGCGUGUAUGGGACCUUGCGGAUGUGGAUAACGAUGGAAACCUCGAUUUCGAGGAGUUUUGUGUCGCUAUGCGCAUUAUCUUUGAUAUCUUGAACGGAGAAUACGCGGACGUGCCGACGACAUUGCCUGACUGGCUUGUCCCCGAGUCCAAGGCUCAUUUGGUGCAAGCCACCCAAGCUAUCACAGGAAAGUCGGUGCAAUUCGAGCAAGUUGAGGAUGAUUCGGAAGAUCUUGGGCUCAAGGAUGGCUUCGAGUGGUACAUGAAGCCUGCGGACAAGUCCAAAUAUGAACAAAUCUACCAAGAGAACAGAAACGCGCGCGGCGAAGUCGACUUCAAUGCGCUCAGCGAUCUCUACGAGUCCCUCGACGUCCCCGAUACCGAUAUCCGAUCCGCUUGGAACCUGAUCAACCCUUCGGCGCAAUCGACCAUCAACAAGGACGCAUGCCUUGCUUUUCUACAUAUCCUUAAUUACCGACACGAAGGUUUCCGAAUUCCCCGUGCCGUUCCCGCGUCUCUGCGUUCCAGUUUCGAGCGCAACCAGAUCGACUACCAAGUCGACAACCAGCGAACCGGUGCCAACUCGCGAUGGGCUACCAAGGCCGAUGACACCACCAGCACUGGUCGCAAAGCCAAGUUCGGCGACCAAUACCUAACGCGCCUAGGCCGAAGCGGCUUCAAGUCUGCCGGCACGGACUUUUCGACAGAAAAGACGGAGGAUUGGGAGGAGGUUCGUUUGAAGCGCAAGCUCCAGGAUCUCGAGGAUAAGAUUAAGAAGGUGGAGGAGAUCGCGGAGCGCCGGAAAGGCGGCAAACGCGACUCUAAGCCUGCGCUUGUCAAGAAGGAACUAGAUCAGCUCCUGGAAUACAAGCGUAGAGAGCUCAGGGAGCUAGAGGAGGGGACUGGCAAGAGCGCGGCUGGAGGAAGUCUUAAGAGCAUACAAGAGGAUCUCCAGACGGUGCGUGAGCAGGUUGAGGGUCUGGAGACUCAUUUGAGGACGCGCGAGCAAGUUCUUGGAGAGAUCCGAAGGGAGAUUGAAGACGAGAAGAGGGGGUAG